CUCUGUCUCUGAUUUCUGCACUGCCGAAAUGUAUAUGCAUAACACCGAACGCCAGAGCUGUGCGAUACCGCUCAUUCAAAGCGCACCGAGGACCUCGAAAAGGACGUACGAGCGCGCUAAGCCGCCAGAGAAGCACAACGGCGGCAUCACUCCAGAUCUCGACGAGCUGAUCCGGCUCGCCUUCUCUACGUUUGCGGACAGCAUACGUUUCGGGGCUUAAGCUGCUUGCGGAAGAGCACUGCGUGGCUGGCCCUCGCUGGAGCUGCGUUUUCUACCCCGGCCUUCCUGCUGGACCUUUGACCAGCGAUGGACGGACCGCCUUCGCCUGCCGCUAAAGCCGCGAUAGCGGACGCAGUGAGCGAUUUGAGGUUGGAGCAUGCGAUUGCGAUCUCGAUGGUCGCACUCUUCAUGUACGACUACUUAAUAACCAUCGAAGAAGAGGUCGACGCCAUUUGGAAGCAACCACGAAGCCUGGCAUCUAUCCUGUUCUUCAUCAACCGUUACUACUCCUUAUUGGAAAUAUUUGCCGUGGCCCUGAUAUCCUUCAACUCCGCAUGGAGCGGCAAGGUAUGUUCCCACUUCGUGCGAUUUCAAGGGGCAGGUUCGUUGGCAGGUGUCAUAGUUGGCGAAGCUCUCAUGAUACUUCGCGUAUACGCGCUAUACGGGAGCUGCUAUUGGAUCCUACUCCCCCUAUCGCUCUUCCUUUGCGUUCAAUUAGCACUAACAAGCGCCGCGCUGGCGCAAGGCAUUCCGACGCCCGUGCCUAUGGGGUGCUAUUUGUCGGGCAGGACCAGCUUCUUCUCCGUGACUUGGCUUGCGCCGUUGGUGAUGGACAGCGUCAUAUUCGCCCUCACUUUGUGGCGUCUGAGAGAUUAUCUUCGCAGGAAGUCGGUUAAUGGCGCGAUCGCACUCUGCCUACGAGACGGGCUAGGGUAUUUUCUCAUCGUCUUUGCCAUCAACCUCGUCAACACGGUGCUCUUCCUUCACGCCCGACCUUCGAGGAAGGCGUUGUUUGCGCCUGUUAGUCAGAUCAUCACUUCCAUCGUCGUCUCUCGCUUGGUUCUCAACCUCAAGCAACUGGACGUUACGAGCGAGCACCGACACAGUAUCUCCGGGACCCGUUCUGCCUCUUCCGCACUCGUCUUCGGGAAGACGGUGCUGGACACGAUGCCGUCCCUCGGCACUUCCUCUGAAGACGCCCCCAUGUCGCCGAACGACAUUGAUACGGUCGCGGCACCCGCCUUCGGUCCCUAUCAGCAUAGCGCAUCGAUACCGCUCGGUGAUCUCGAAGGUGGACGCGAACAUAGGGUUCGGUUCCGAUGACGACGGGACUCUGCGUGAUAUAGUACAUCGUGUGCUAUCCGAUCCGGCAGAAAACAAGAAUGAACG